AUUGCGGAGCAUAAGGAGCAAACUGCGCAUGCGUUCAUUGGUAAGUUUACGGGACAGCUUCAACAUGGCGGGUGUGUUGCUGAGAAAUUCGUGCAGGGGCCUUUUAUUUGGAGGUAGAGGUAGUUUGACAUUAAGAUCAAAGGCAAUUCCGCUACUUGCAGCAAUUGGCCAGAAAAAACUCAAAGAGUCAUCAGUUAUCCACACAAGUGCUGUACAAAAGGCCUCUGCAUUGACAAGAGGCUCAAAUUACACAAAACAUUGGUUUGAUGAGCGAGCUGUGGCCAUUGGUUUGCUUGCUUGUAUUCCAGUUGGAAUUGUUUAUCCAUGUGCACCAGUAGACUAUGCUCUUGGUGUCCUUGUUCCAGUCCACAACUAUUGGGGUAUUCAUCAUGUCAUUAUUGACUAUUGCCCAAGGUCUGCUUUAACGAUAGUGGAGCUGAUGUGGAAGGCAUUGUUUGCAGUCCAGCUUGGAGGCCUUGCCUACAUAAACUAUUAUGACGUUGGAAUUUGUAAACUGGUUGCCAUGACACUAGGCAUUUGAAAUAAAAUUGUCGUCUUUUAAAUUCAGCUUAACUAGAUUGCUUAUGAUUAGAUUUGCUAUUUGCAUCAAAUAACAACAUAUUUUGUAAUUGGUUCCAUUUCACACAUAGUUACUGUUUUCAUCUUCCUAACGUGGUAUCUGCUUUAUAUAUGUUACUUUAAUUUCUUAUAUAUAAUUGGUUUUCAUUAGUGCCAUCAACUCACACGCAUGCAGUUUUUCCAUCUCAAAUGUCUUCAGAUUGUUACUUUUGAUAACAAUAGCCUUUCAACAUUUUUCAUUAUACAGGAGCAUCCUACAUAAAGUGUUUAAGAAUCUUGUAAAUAUUGCCCCCUUGCUUGAUCAUGUUUUGAGGAAGAAGAUACCAUUGACUGGGUGUUUAAGUGUCUGCGUAUACAGAUGUUACCUGCUUUUCCAAAAGCUGUUUUUUCUCUAACCAUUUAGGCCUUUGAUUCUGGCUUCUGUUUUAAACACUGACUUUGAAAUUAGCUGUUUCACCCUCUGAAAUAACCAAGUUUUGAUCUCAGCAUAUAUACUUAUGGCUAAAAGUUAAUGUCUCAUAUCAGGUUGAUCAGCUUAUUCUCAGGAACAAAAUGCUAUAAUGUUAUAUUUAUAUGUUCUAAUACCAAUGCUGUGUAAAGUUAUUUCUCGUGAUAAUAUGUCGAGAGUGGA